GUUCUCUCAAUUUCGUUUUCCCUGCAUCAGAAACUAUCUCCCUCACCUCCGUCCGAGCGCAUUUCGAAUAAGGAAAGGUGCCUUGAAAGGAAGGCAUCUGUUGGUGUCGUCUUCUGUUGUCACGCUUCUCCCUCAAGAUAGUACUGUCAUCGACAAGGUGGCUUGCCCAGCAAACGAUGUAGCAUUCUGCACCAAUUUGACAGGGAGGGAUCACUAUUUAGACAAAAUCUACGUCUUUGCAUGCGUGUGUAACUUGAAUAUUGUUAUCAAAGACGUGAUGUGUCAACUCCAGAGUCGGACUGCAGAGCACGUUAAGCGAGCAUCGGUUCAACGACCAAAAGUCCAAACGAGAUCACCCUUUCGAUCUACUACCAUCACAUUUUUUUCCGGACUUCAUCUGAGAAUGGCCAGAGUAACAAAAUGCAUGUUACGUACAACUAUGAGAAGGAACAGGAACGUCUCAGUACUCAGCACGGAGAAAGGACACGAGAAGGGAGGAGCCGCUCAGAGGACGGGUCGUUGGGCCGCGCGAUCCCAAAAUCGUGGGAGGAAAAUGAACAACUACUCGCUGACGUCGGAAGCGAACCGAAGCCUUGGUCGUGUAAGUCCUGACAUGAUAUACUGUAAUUCCUGCACCCAUUCACUCUGAUUCGUGAUU